AUGGAUGGAAGAAAAAAUCAUUCCAGCUGCAGUGAAGAGAUCAUAGAGACUGGGUGGAGUGGACAUAGUUAUCCAGGUCCAACAGGCGCUCCUCCAAGCGGAGCCUUGGAGGGCAAGGCCGGCACCAUUACCUCCAACGAGUGGAGCUCUCCUAACUCCCCUGAGGGGAGCAACGUCUCUGGGGGCAGUCAGGCAUUGGACAAGCCCAUCGACAAUGAUGCGGAGGGUGUUUGGAGCCCGGACAUUGAGCAGAGCUUCCAGGAGGCCCUGGCCAUCUACCCACCCUGUGGCCGGCGCAAGAUCAUUCUGUCGGAUGAGGGCAAGAUGUACGGUCGGAAUGAGCUGAUUGCUCGUUAUAUCAAGCUCCGGACAGGGAAGACCCGCACCAGGAAGCAGGUCUCCAGCCACAUCCAGGUGCUGGCUCGUCGCAAAGCCCGUGAGAUCCAGGCCAAGCUAAAGGAUCAGGCAGCUAAGGACAAGGCCCUGCAGAGCAUGGCUGCUAUGUCGUCCGCCCAGAUCAUCUCCGCCACAGCCUUCCACAGUAAAAUGGCCCUCGCCCGGGGCCCUGGCUGCCCAGCAGUCUCAGGGUUUUGGCAAGGAGCUUUGCCGGGCCAAGCCGGAACAUCCCACGAUGUGAAACCUUUCUCUCAACAAACCUACACUGUCCAGCCUUCGCUGCCUCUGCCAGGGUUCGAGUCUCCUUCAGGAGCCGCCCCAUCGCCCUCAGCACCCCCAGCACCCCCGUGGCAGGGCCGCAGUGUGGCGAGCUCCAAGCUCUGGAUGCUGGAGUUCUCUGCCUUCUUGGAGCAGCAGCAAGACCCUGACACGUACAACAAGCACCUGUUCGUACACAUUGGCCAGUCAAGCCCAAGCUACAGUGACCCCUACCUUGAAGCCGUGGACAUCCGCCAGAUCUAUGACAAGUUCCCGGAGAAAAAGGGUGGACUCAAGGAGCUCUUUGAACGGGGACCUUCCAAUGCCUUUUUUCUCGUGAAGUUCUGGGCAGACCUCAACACCAACAUGGAGGACGAAGGCAGCUCCUUCUACGGGGUCUCCAGCCAGUACGAGAGUCCCGAGAACAUGAUAAUCACCUGCUCCACCAAGGUCUGCUCGUUCGGCAAGCAGGUGGUAGAGAAAGUGGAGACAGAGUAUGCCCGCUACGAAAACGGCCACUACUCCUACCGCAUUCACCGGUCCCCGCUCUGUGAGUACAUGAUCAACUUCAUCCACAAGCUGAAGCACUUGCCCGAGAAGUACAUGAUGAACAGCGUGCUGGAGAACUUCACCAUCCUGCAGGUGGUCACCAACAGAGACACACAGGAGACUUUGCUGUGCAUUGCAUAUGUCUUCGAGGUGUCAGCCAGCGAGCAUGGGGCUCAACACCACAUCUACCGGCUGGUGAAAGAAUAAGAAACUUGGGGAGCAGGGACGGGGGAAGAGAUGUGUGUGUGUGUGUAGGGACAUGGGGUGGGGACCUGCAGGGACAGCCCCUUGAAGUGCCAAGAAAGCUGACCCUUCCUACCCAGGAACAAACUGUGCCUCAACCUGCAGUGCCCAACCCCAAAUAAACCCAAGAUGUGUAUUUUCA